AUGUAUAAUGGUCGAUCCGAGGGAAUGUUGUUAUUUAUGACUGCAUCUUAUAAUUAUUCCGAUUGCACGAAACCAUGCGAUUAUCCUGAAAUGACUCUACGACUGAAAGGGAGCUACAGUGUUUCGGCAGCGGAAAACCCUACUUACCGGUUGCCCUUCAAACCAAUCACGUGCAAUGUCAUCUUCUUGGACGACAAGUCAGAACUUUUUAAGCUCGACAAGAAUGUUCGAGGCCAGGUACUCAUCGAUCUAGUCUUUGAUUUCCUUGAACUCCUUGAACGUGACUUCUUCGGCCUGCAAUACAAUGACUUUAAUUGCAAUCCCGGUCCUAUCUUGCGGUGGCUGGAUCCCACGAAGACCCUGAAAAAGCAAUUAAAAGGUACGGUUACGCAUACGUUGUGGCUUCGGGUGAAAUUCUACGUUCCUGACCCGCUUUGGCUUCAAGAAGAAUUCACGAGGUAUCUGGUUUACCUUCAAGUUCGAAAGGAUGUGCUCAAUGGCAGUUUGGUUGCACCGACUCCCAUUUUGGCUAAAAUGGCUGGUCUCUGUCUUCAAAGUGAACUCGGCGACUAUUCCACAGAGGACUGCAAACCGGGCUACGUGAGUCACAUUCGUCUGGUGCCAAACCAAACGUCCGGUUUCGAAGCUGAAGCCGCUGAAGCUCAUAAGUCUUUCCGCUCUUACGUUCCUGCCUCGGCGGAGUUAAAGUACCUCUACAUGGCAAGGCGUCUUGAGCUCUACGGCAUUCACCCACAAGAGGUGACAGAUCGGAGCCGAACGAAGCUACGAAUCGGUGUAUCUGCUCAGGGACUUUGUGUGUUUCGAGAUGCGCGGAGAAUUUUUCUCUACGUAUGGGAGAAUGUUGAAAAGAUAGCCUUUUCAGGGAAAACCUUCUCAGUCAGUCUCAAGCAUCGACCGCGGCCCGCCAGCCUGUCAAAAUUGGACGCUACGCUUGAAACCUCCCAAGGUGCUGCGAAUGGCAAGCAAAAUUUCACUUUUACCUACUUCUUCGACUCUGCUAAACGCGCCAAAGUCUUCUGGCAGUCUGCAGUGACCUGCCAUGCCUUCUUUCGUGUCAGAGAGCCUGUCUCUAGUGGACACGCUUUCCCCACUCUUAAUGGCGGCUUUCAAGGCGCACCUAUCUCGACAACUACCCAUCUCUCCCCCUCCGCCUCAUCUCCCAGCGGCUUUUCACGCUUCUUUCGCUUGCGUGGAACUACAUCUCAUCGUAGUUUCAGCACGGGAACAGCCGGUGUCGGUCUGGAGCGCACCAUGUCAACGCUGCUGGAACUGCGUCGGCGCUCCAAGAGUAUUGAACAAGGAUUUUUCAGAGGUGUAAGCCGCCGUUUUAGUCGUCGUCGUAGCAUUGCGGCGCCGGGGAGAACGCAAUCAGUGGGUCGGCUGAAUGCCUACGAGUCGGGAGAUAGUCUCGGCGUGCAAAGUGUGCCUUCAUUGUUGGAUGAGGCCUCUCCGUUGCCGAAGAACUCAUCGACGGAUUUGCACAUGACUUCCACACCUGACCAUGAUAUAAACGGACCUCAGUGUCUACCUUCAACUGAGACGAAACCGGUCGUUGUUGGCAAGAAUGAUCGCGCAUUUCCUCGGAAGUUCAGAUCCUCUGUACCACCGCUUUCCAGGGUAAAGGACUACGAAUUACUUCCAUCACAUAACUGGGAUUUGGAAGGAGAAAUCAAAUCGAGUGCUACAGACAAUCAAAAUACUCCUCCUCAACAUCGAGGUGCAGGUGUCGAUAUGGAACUCUCAAGUCAAGCCGCAGAACAGGCUCACUUUAGCAUUGAGUACAAAACAUCACCGAUGCCUAAAAAAGAGAAAGGAAAGGCCGAUGAUUCCCCGUCAAUCAACGAAUCAUCUCCAGAGAAGAAUCUCCAAAAGAAGCGAGACACGGGAUCCAAAGGUGCCACAACCACUCGCGAAGAUGUCGUACUUCAGCGUCCAACUGCCUUUUUUCCCAAUCGUCCUGGUGACCAUCUUUCUGAAGAGGUUAGACAGAACUCACGGGCGGGGAUGAGUCUAGCGCCUAAAAUUAAUGAGGAAAAGUCGCCCUCAGGAGUCGUCUCCCACGCCCCCGCCUAUUACACUUCUGGUUCAGCCAUCAUGGGGUUGGCAAAACCUCAAAAAUACUCAUGA